GAAACCGCACUCUGCAAGUUUAAAAAUAUGCACAUGAAUGUUACUGUCAUCAUUCCAGAAAGGAGACACUCAGUUCCGGAAGGGCGAAACAUAGCGCUAGCCGAUUCUGCCAACAUAGCACAAGAGGACACAUUUCACAUCCCCUCACCAAAGCCGAUCCUCACUGACUUUGGCAUGUCCGUCAAUCCAAGGAGCAGUCGCUUCAUCGGCCUCCUUGUAGCCUACAUUCUCAUCACUCUCCUAGUCGUGUAUAUGGUGGUUUGCGCGGUCUGUUUUCAGCCGCGCAAGUGCCUCAGCCUUGUUGGGCGCGAUGCUGACGGGGAAGGCGAGUCCUUUUCUUCGCCAACACCGCCGCCGCCGUCAGCCAGAACAUCACGUAGUCGUCGCUUUACCUGGCGGUGGCUCCAACCUCGAGUUUCCACCAAUCAGACGGCUUCUGUGCCACUAGUCCUUCCUCGCACUAAUCCGCACUUCUCUCGUUCCGUGAAUGGAGAACGAUUCUUACACUAUCCAGUACACUUUCGGAUCGCUCCCAACCUGCCAUCGACGGCAGUGGAGUCGCCCACAGAGAAUUGGAACACUUCUAAUCCCUCUCACCAUCCUCACCACCAACCCCAGCGUCACCAACAAACGGGUCGUAUUUCGUUGGCGAAAGCGCGGUGCAAUUCGCUUUGUGGCUCGGCUAAAAUAUCUCAUAUCUCCUACAAUUCGGCUGAGAUGGCGUCACAUGGUGCCACUGCUCGCAUUCGGGUGUAUGAUUCCUCAGUAUUUGACUUGAUAGAUGAGUUGUCUCCUUUUGACAACUAUGUAGGUAGUGCUGAUGCUGUCAAGGCAUCUACGGACUGCAAGGUCCCUGACCCAAUCAACUGGUUCUGUGGGGUCUUGGUGCCCCCUCAAUUGCGGCUGGCUCAGGUCAGUUUUCGGCGUAGUCUGCGACUGGUAGCCGAACUGGCUACUCGCCGGGCAGCGUUGCUUCAAUCAGCUAAGCAGUUGUCAGACUUGAUUGGAGCCCGCGAUAGGUUAGACAAUGAAUCCUUGGUCCCGCUAAUUCCUGCACCCACACCGUUUUCCCAGACUACACCUUAG